AUGGCAUUUCUGUGUGUGGAUGAGCUGGUCGGAAAUUUUCGACGUACCCGUGACGAGGAGGUCGUUCGGCUGAGACAGCGUCUUGUUCCAUAUGAUGAGGUCGCCGCGCAUGAAUCCACGCCGCACAAUCUGUUGAAUGACGAACCCGUUCUGCUUGAGGAACUGCAGGUACGCAGUGUUGAGGUUGUUCGUGUAGACCCGGAUUUCGGUGUACCCGAAUCCCACAGCGAAGUUUUCCAGGUGGUUGAGCAGCUUGCUGCCAACCUUCAUGUUCCUGCACUUCUUGCUCACGACUAG